AUGGAAGGGACCUUGUCGGCGGAACUGCAGGACAAGCGCGAGUUCGACGCAUCGCUCGCCGCUUCGUUAGGCGAGCUGAGAGACGUCAGCUCUCGUCUUUGCGACGUGCAGGAGUGGUUCGAUCAGGCGCGCACGAUCCGACGGGAGCUGUUGCGAUGGCGAGGCCGCAAAAACAAGGCCGAUAUCGCGUGUCUCGUCACGCGGAGCGGGGUGGCAAGGGCGGCCAAGGUCGUCCAGGCCGUCAGGGAGGACAUGGUCAGGUCACAGGAGCAGUGGAACGAUCCCCAGGCGCUCCGUGGACACGUCGCCGCCUGGGCAAGGCAGGCCGACGAGCAAAGGUGGCGGCGGUGGGAGGAGCAGACGGCGUACCUCGGGAUCUUGUAUCCACGUAGUUUGCGAGACAGCCAUGGCGUAUUUGCAUAA